AUGAUUCUGGGAGGUCUAACUGAACACCAAUUAUGUCAAAUAAACACUUCACUUCGAAAAGUACUUCUCAAGAUGAGCAACACCACCACCAACACAGCUCUCAAUGAUGAAACUCAAUCUAUCAUUCUCUUCAAUCUUCUCAUCAAAACCUUCGCACAAUGUCUCGAUGGUUUUUCAUGGAUCAUGGGUAACAUCGGUGCCAUUUGUACUUGCAUUGUAUUUUCUCAACCAACAUUCCGAAAGAGUCCAUGUGCCAUCUAUUUCAUCGCUUCUAGUCUCUCGCAGAUACUCGUUUUCAACUUUGCUGUGUUCAUUCGAAUGAUCCAGUAUGGUUAUGCUGUUCCGGUUAAUUCUGUUCCUUCAUGGUUCUGUAAGAUGCGUUUCUACAUAUUUUAUGUGUCUGCAGCUACUGCUCGGUAUAAUAUUAUAUUUGCAUCAGCAGAUCGAUAUUUGUGCAGUUGUCGAGAUGCUCUUCGUCGUCAUUGGAGUUCGACAAAGAUGGCCUUUCGUCUCAUCGUUCUCGUUCUCGUUGUUUGGCUGCUAUUCUACAUACAAGUUCUUGUUUUUACCGACGUGAAAAAUGACAAAUGUAGAAUUUGGGACACAAGUAUCAUGACAUAUUUAAGUUACUUUAUCACAGUCGAGAAUGGGUUUUUCCCGAUAUUUCCAAUGUUGAUUUUUGGACUGCUCACCAUUCGCAAUAUUCAUGGGAGUCAGCGAACUGUUGCAGUGAGAGAUAACAGCAUGGCUCAGUCUGUUCAGACUGAGCGGUCAACGAGGAAAGAGACACAUCUUCAUAAAAUGUUGUUCAGUCAAGUGAUUCUGUUUGUGAUUUCAAAUAUUCCAUAUCCGGUGUACUCGAUUUAUCGUUCAUAUGCGGGUGUUAGUUCAUUUACAGGAUCCCGUGUAUUGAUGGACACAUUUAUCAACAAUCUUCUGUAUGAUAUGGUUUAUCUUGGUUUUGCAUUAACAUUUCCAAACUUUCUUUUAACGUCAAAAAUGUUUCGACGAGAAUUCCUACAAGUUCUACAGACAAAAAUAGUCCAACGAUGUCGACGACUUAUGACAGCUUAA